AUGGAUUCGCCUCCAAAGCGCCGUAGGACGGGCGAGGCCCUGGAGGUCGCCAUUGGCGCGUCGCAACCCCCUGCACUCAGCAGGGAGUCGCGAUCACCAAGUCGCACAUCCUUCCAAUCACCCACGAGGGCAAGCCUGGCCAGGUCGCAUCCCGAAGUUCUCGAACGCGCACUCAGCAGGUCACCCAGCAAACAGUCGCCGAGUCGAGACAGUCAAAACAAAAGUCCCCAAAAAGAUGACGCCAGAACUGUCGGUCUUCGUGAUCGCAAAGCUCUUCGGCCCUCAUUGAAUCCUUCGAGUCCUCUCAAAGCACCAAGAACGUCCGGAUCACCAAUGCUAUUGUCACCCAGCAAACGUCCCAGUGGCAUCCAAGCAUUCUCGAAACCGCCUCGCCGACUAUCUAAGAGAAUUUCGGCUGCAGACUUUACAUUUGGCUCGCCCAUCCGCAAACAACCACAACCGACAGAAGCCCUCUCAAAUACCCCAGAGGACCAACUAGCUUUAGAGCUGGGUACUGCUACACAGGGAGCCGACAUGGACGUUGAUAUGGACACCAAUGACCUUGGUGGUGGGCUUAUGGAGGAUGAUGAUUCUCUGGAGCCAGAUUUGCCUCCAACACCAACACAACUAGGUCUGGUAAAGGCACCAGAUCGACCGAGGGGACUUCUUAGCAGCAGCCCGAGUGCAAGGCAUGAAAAGAGAAUGAAACGACAAGCGACGGAUGUGCUUCAGGGAAGCCCAUUGAAGACCUUGAAGUUUCAAUCACCCACGGAGGAAUACCCUGAUACGGAAUUCACACUAGGCAAUGUCUCCACAGCUUUUCUCGAAAAACGGAAAACUCGCAAGGACCUAGAGGCAGAGUUACGCGCAUUAAAAAACGACUUGGCGGAUUUAAGCAAAUGGGCUGAGAAGAUCGAUUCGGGUAUGAACUUGUCAAGUGACACGAAAGAACUCAAUAAGUUCUUGAAUCUUCUCGUCGAGGAGUCAGCACAUAUCAAUGAACCAGUGCCGCCGAGAGCCCCCGUGUCCAUGUCAGCACUUCUCUCUACUCUCCUCCCAUUCUCCGCAACCCUUCCUCGCCCAGUCCCCCAAGCCUCUCCGAUGACAACAAACCCAUUCGCCUUGAAGGAAACGUCAAAGGCACCGUCGUAUCUUACAGUGUUUGCCCCCUUGACACUUCGGACAAACACAAGCCGCACGGCUUCCAAGUCGGCUUCUUUGCUGGAGACGCACACCUUAACAUUCUCUGCACCAUCUCCAUUCCCACCCUCGCUGUACAAUGUCUCUGUUGUAUACGAAACCAACCCGGAGACACAGACUGUGACCUCUGUCUCGGUCCCAACGGGCAGUGACAGCAAAAAAAGAAGAGUUCCUGAGGCACUCCGACAAUGGAUCGACUCCCGGCUAGAGAAUCCACUUCUCGCCCUUGACGUGGCAACUCUCUGCUGGGGCAUUAACCGCUACUGGGAAGCAUCAGUAGCACGGGCACAGCUAUGGGCACGUAUCGAUAAUAACCACGGCACCGGCUCUGCUAAGCGUACUAGGGAAGCUGUCCCCGAGUCUCAAGAUGGCAUUAUCACAGUCUCUGAGCUUCGACGCCUAGUUCCCCACCUGGAGCGUAGCACCAUGAUUAUCAAAACUGGGUCCUCCAGCAACAACGGCCCUCGCGUACUUCUCUCAAACGCCUUGGUCAUGGAUGAGUGGACUGGAGAGCCACAGCUCCAACCUGAGCUCAGUGUGUCAACCUCUGGUGGGUCGAGCAAGAAAAUCGAUCAAGAGACCCGGAAACUAUUUCAAGCGCUGCUUCGCGAGCAAGAGACCUCUGAUACUUGGGUAAAUGCGGCCGGGGGUGUGCAUGCGGAUGCGAUUUUGCGAGCAACUGAGGGUGCUAUCGGCGCUUUGUUAGGUAAUGCUUGA